AUGCAGAUCAAGUCUUUCUCCCUGGAUAGAAGCAUGACCACAAAACUACCAUCUCAAGAGGAGUUUGAGAACUGGACAGCUUUUCAAGUUGCAGAUCUCUUAAGACAGUUUGGAAUGCCUGAAUCUGCUGUGGUUGUAGAAAAACUGUGCAUGAAUGGAUCUCAUUUCUUGAACGCAUCAGAUCAUGAGCUGAGCAGAUUCAAAACAAUGCACCAGCCGAAGCUUCAAAAGAUGGUGCAUGACAUCAAGAAAAAUGAAAGUGGAAUAAUAAACAAGUUCAAAAAGUUCCAAAAUGAACAAGUGGCCUUAAUUUGCAAAACUGGGAAAGAUACUUGGGAUCGGCUUAAAAAAAAGCCACCACCAAGUCUACCACGAAGAGAUUAUGCUUCAGAACACGCAGACAAUGAAGAGGAACAAUGGUCAGAUGAUUUUGAGAGUGAUUAUGAAAAUCCAGAUGACCACUCUGACUCUGAGAUGUAUGUGGUCCCCAGUGAAGAGAAUCCUGACGACAGCUAUGAGCCACCUCCUAGUGAGAAGGAGAAAAAGAAGAUUCCCUCUGCAUUCCCUAUUUCUAGGGGUGAAUAUGCAGACAAUCGCACCAGUCACCAGCAGCUUCCUCCUAUCAACAAACCUCUCCCAAGCACACCCAGUCCAGCCAUGUCCAGACCAAAGAAACCAUGUGUGCCAUCCAUGCCGUUGCCAUCUCCUGCUGCAAAACCAAAAGUGCCACCGAAGCCUAAGGAGUGCAGUGAUGAUGAGGAUAACUACAUUGUGCCAGUGGACAAUGAUGAUGAUAACUAUAUUGAACCCACAGAAAGCAGCAUGUCACUUCCUACAAGAUCACCUGUGAACAGAUUUAUGAAGACAACAAGGCCAGCCCCUCCUAUUUCUCCAAAGCCUUCUCUUACUUCUAAUAUGCAAGAAGUCUAUGAGGUUCCUGAAGAAGAGGAAAAACCGUCACCACCACCAGUAACCAGGUUUACCAAGCCACUCAUGUUUAUGCCUGCUCAGAAUACAGAGCAAUCCCACAUGCACAGCAUGACCAGAGAGUCCCCAAAGCAGGAUACUUCCAGAAAUAUUUUGCCUCUCCCCAGAAGUCGUCUUCAUCCAAAACCAGACCAUGAAGCAAGCAAUAAUGAUGAAAGUCAGAGGUUCAAUAACACACAAGAAUCCAGAUUUCCCACUGGAGCAACUCCAUCUCCAUUACCAAGGGGCCUCAAGAAAACUUCUAAUGCAGUAACUUCACCAAAACCGUGUUUACCUUCCAGAGAGACCUUCACUGCAAAUGAAGAAAAACCUACGGCACCAGAACGACGGCGCAGUUCCAACCAGGAACUGCCACUUCCCCCCCUUCCAAGUGGUGCCCAAAAGCCUCUGCUCCAAAAGUCCACAAUUCUGCCAAGACCUUGUGUUCUGUGGAAUCAGACAAAAAGCCCUGCAGAUGCUCAAGUCACUUUUUCCACUUUAGAAGUGCCAGAAGCUGCAAACCGUUCUUUGGGGGCUUCCCCUCCCAGGAGCACUUCAUCUAUUUCAAAUUCUGCAGACCAGGAUGCUGGUGUUCACAGUAAAGCAUGGUAUGCUGCUACCUGUGAUAGAAAAAUGGCAGAAGAUGCACUCUACCAAUCCAACAAGGAUGGAUCUUUUCUAAUAAGGAAGAGUUCUGGACAGGAUUCACAGCAACCAUAUACACUGGUUGUGUUUUACAACAGAAGAGUGUACAACAUUCCUAUACGAUUUAUAGAAUCAACAAGGCAAUAUGCACUGGGCAGAGAAAAAAGUGGUGAAGAGCGCUUUGACAGUGUUGCUGAAAUAGUAGAGAAUCAUCAGCGCACCUCCCUGGUUCUAAUUGACAGCCAAAACAACACAAAAGACUCAACAAAACUGAAACAUAUUGUUCGAGUUUCUUAAUCAAACUGAACUGCUACAAUGAAGACCUCUUUAAUAAUUUCUUUCAACCUGGACAAGGUAUUAAAAGAAGAAAAUUCAAAAUGAUGGGAAACUCUUCAAGAGCACCUACAGAGUAGUAAGAAAUGCAUUUCAUAGAGUUCAACCCUAUGUCCCUUUUUCCAGGAAAGUGUUCACAUUUUUUAACACAUGAAGCCAAAGCAGAUACAUUGUCAUCUGUGACAACAGUGGGUAUCCAAGGUCAUGGGAAGAACAACUGCAUACCACAGCCUGGUCCGCUGACUGUUCUUUGAAGAUAGAUUUCUUGGAGGACAUUGUUGCUUUCAAAAUGAGACUACCCACAGUGAUCUACUCUUUCCAUUUAUGUUCACCACGUAUCGCUGCUUUCAGCAAUUUCUUUGUAAAGUGCACAGCCCCAGAAGUUAGAGCAACUUAACCUAAUGUACCACUGUGCACAAGUUGGAAAUAGGACUAUACUUUGUGAUUAGUGGCAAUAAAUCCACCUGAAUGUUUUAGAUAUAUGGACAUCUGUUGUACCUUCCCUCAGAUUCACUCUGUUUCACUGAUAUUUUUGUUUGUAUUUUCAAAUGUACAAAUAAAAUCUAAUACUGUAAACUCAGUAGU